GCUCCUAGUCCUAGCUGUCCAAAACUCUUUUGAAAAAAAAACUAGAGAAGGGUCUUCGGUGUUCCAAGCAAGAAUCCGAUGGCCGCACUACAAACGCCAUCCCCAUUCGCCGGCUGUGCCCGCCGAUUCACCCCUCGCCUCCGCUCCCUACUCCUCCCUGCCACCAUGUCGCUCUCCUCCUCCAUCGUCUCCUCUCAAAACCCUGACCCGAGCUGCGGCACCGGGGAGCAACCUCUCCUCCCGCACUCGAGCCUCGAGAUCGCCGGUGCGCGGAGCGCCCUCCUCGCCGGCUUCGACAGCCUCCGCCGCCCGUACCGCGCCUUCCCCAUCCUCGCGUCGAACUGCCACGUCGAGACCAUCUUCGCAGCCUUCACGCGGUCGCGCCCCGCCGUGGCGUUCCGGCGUGAAUGCCUCCGCACCCCCGACGACGGCGCCGUCGCCCUCGACUGGGUCUCCGGCGACGACCGCACGUUGCCGCGAGACGCGCCGGUGCUGAUUCUGUUGCCUGGUCUAACAGGAGGAAGUGGAGAUACAUAUGUAAGGCAUAUGCUUUUGAGAGCUCGAAGCAAAGGAUGGCGAGUUGUCGUAUUCAAUAGCCGUGGAUGUGCAGACAGCCCUGUGACUACUGCAAAGUUCUAUUCUGCUUCAUUUACUGGAGAUCUCCGUCAAGUAGUCGAUCAUGUUUUGGCCCGUUACCCUCAAUGUAGUAUAUAUGCAGCUGGCUGGUCUCUUGGAGCAAAUAUUCUUGUGCGUUACCUUGGCGAGGAAACUGAUAAAUGCCCUCUUUCUGGAGCAGUGUCCAUGUGCAACCCGUUUAAUUUGGUAAUUGCAGACGAAGAUUUCCACAAAGGGUUCAACAACAUCUAUGAUAAAGCACUUGCUAGGGGUCUGAGGACUAUAUUUAAGAAGCAUGCACUCCUGUUUGAAGGACUGGAAGGUGAAUAUGAUAUACCAAAGGCAGCUAAUGCAACGAGUGUUAGAGAUUUUGAUGAAGGACUAACCCGAGUUUCAUUCGGUUUCAAGUCUGUGGAUGAUUAUUACUCCAACUCAAGCAGCUCAGAUUCCAUCAAGAAUAUUUCCAUACCCUUAUUGUGCAUACAGAUAAUGACCCAAUUGCACCAUCUAGGGGAAUUCCUAGGGAAGAUAUGAAGGCAAAUCCACACUGCUUACUGAUAGUAACACCACAGGGUGGUCAUCUUGGAUGGAUAGCAGGUGAUGAAGCUCCAUUUGGAUGUCCUUGGACUGACCCAAUUGUGAUGGAGUUUCUAGAACAUGUUCAGAACGAAACAAGCUCAGUUACCAAGAAUAGCACCUCCGAUGAGCAGCAGAGUGUUCCACAGACAUCAGUACCCCACUUAUCCGUGCAUGUACAGAGAUAGUGACAUUUUCCCUUCUCAGAAUGUUACCAUUCGUUAGGCAUAUUUUAUGCGCAUAGUUGAGUCUUCAGUUGCUGUUCUGCAAUUGAAAUUUGCUAUGCGCAUAGUUGAGUACGUUGGUCGACCAAGAUAAAGGUUCGAGUAUUGUACCGAACGACAAAAUCGCUGUGGUUCUGAACACCUUUAAAUCCAUGGGCGCUGUUAGUCAAUUGCUGGCUCCCCUUGCUGAAAUUUCGACCUGAAGCAUUUAUUUGCCAUUGGAAAGGCAUGAUGUAUCAGAAGUGUACCAUUCUGUAAACUAUAGUACUUCGUAUUUCAACAGCAUUCAUUAAUGCACCCAGCCCUCCCUCUUAUAUAGAAGCAUCGCUUUUUUUUUAUCGGUA